GUGCUUAAGAUGCUCAGGCCCUUUAAAGUGUAUCUUACUUUUACAGAAGACAGCUCAAUAAAACAUUUCAGCUGUUUAGCUGCUCUCAUAACUCCAAAAGAUCAUUUAAUUCAAAUUUUGUUUUGAUUUAUUUGCUCAGGAUCAAUACUAACCAAACACAAUGGGCUGUGUUCAAAGCUUCAGGGACCUGUGUGACCAUCCAAAAAAUACAAAUAUUCGUAUCAGUCUUCCAGCAGUUUGCAUUGUGUGGCAAACAGCCAUGAUCAUCUUGUUUGGGAUUUUUAUUCGUUACAAUGAAGAAUCAGAUCCACACUGGGCAGAGCACAAAAAAGCUAACAAUAUAUCAAGUGACAUUGAGAACGACUUCUACUACAGAUAUCCAAGUUUCCAGGAUGUCCAUGUGAUGAUCUUUGUUGGAUUUGGCUUCCUGAUGACAUUUCUCAAGCGGUACAGCUUCGGAGGAGUGGGUUUCAACUUCCUCAUCGCAGCCUUUGGCCUCCAAUGGGCGCUGCUAAUGCAAGGCUGGUUCCACUCCCUGGACUACACUGAUGGAAAGAUCAAAAUUGGAAUUGAAAACCUGAUCAAUGCUGACUUCUGUGUGGCGGGCUGCUUAAUUGCCUACGGGGCAGUGCUUGGUAAAGUCAGUCCAGUCCAGCUGAUGGUUCUGACUCUGUUUGGGAUCACAUUGUUUGCUGUGGAGGAAUAUAUUAUCCUGAAUCUCAUACAUGCCAGAGAUGCUGGAGGCUCCAUGGUGAUCCACACAUUUGGAGGAUAUUAUGGUCUUUCUAUAUCGUGGAUGCUCUAUCGGCCAAAUUUGAACCACAGCAAGCGUCUGCAGGGCUCCGUUUACCACUCAGAUGUCUUUGCUAUGAUUGGCACUCUCUUCCUGUGGAUGUUUUGGCCCAGCUUCAACUCAGCCAUCACAGGCCACGGGGACGGGCAGCACAGAGCAGUCAUCAACACCUACCUGGCAUUGGCUUCAACUGUGCUCACUACUGUGACCAUCUCGAGCCUCACCCAGAAGCAUGGAAAACUAGACAUGGUUCACAUCCAGAACUCCACCCUUGCUGGAGGCGUUGCAGUGGGAACUGCAGCAGAGUUCAUGCUGAUGCCCUACGGGUCUCUGAUAGUAGGGUUCUGCUGUGGUAUCAUCUCCACACUGGGAUACAUCCACCUCUCGCCUUUUAUGGAGAAGCACCUGAAGAUCCAGGACACGUGUGGAAUCCAUAACCUGCAUGCCAUGCCAGGAGUCGUAGGUGGGAUUGUGGGAGCCAUUACUGCUGCAGCUGCAACAGAGUCCGUUUAUGGCCAUGAAGGGCUGAUUGAAACCUUUGGCUUUAAAGAUGGUUUCAAACACAGGACACCCGCAGUGCAGGGUGGCCACCAGGCUGCAGCCCUCUGUGUGGCUCUCUGCUUUGCUGUAGGCGGAGGCAUCAUUGUGGGUUGUAUCUUAAGAUUACCUAUCUGGGGAGAUCCUGCAGAUGACAAUUGUUUCGAUGAUGAGGUCUACUGGGAGGUUCCUGAGGAUGAAGAGGAUGCACCAGUCCCUCCGUACAACAACCACAUGCGGAACAAAAAUGUAGCGGAGUCAGAUUUCUCCAUGGAGAGGAGCAGACCUUGAUCCUGAUGGAGCUCUCUGUCUUUAUCAUACAUGGCCCAUUUGUUUCUUUUGUUCUCCUGCUGGACAGAAAUACUUAUUUGAUACAAUUAUUCCCCACCAAUCAAAAACAGUUAUUUUUUAUACAGGGAAAGUACACCAAUCAGGUAUAACAUUAUGACCACUGACAGGGGAAGUGAAUAGCACUGAUGAUCUCAUUAGCAAGGUCAAUGGGUGGGAUACAUCAGGAAGCAAGUGAACACUGUGUCCUCAUAGCUGACGUGUUAGAAACAGGAAAAAUGGGUAAGGAUUUGAGUGACUUUAAAAAGGGCUCAACUUUGAUGGCUAGAUGUCUGGGUCAGAGCAACUCUAAAACGGUCUGAAGUGGUCAGUACCAAUUAAAAGUGGUCUAAGGAAGGAAAAGCGGUGAACCGACCUAACAGACAAGCUACUGUAGGUCAAAUUGUUGAAAAAGCUGAUGUUGGCUUUGAUAGAAAUGUGUCAGAGUCCAUGCCUCAAAGGGUCAGGGCAUUUUUUUGGCGGCUAAAGAAAGACCUACAUUGUGACGAGCAGGUGGUCGUAAUGUUAUGGCUGAUUGCUGAAUGUCUGUUGUGUAGCCUAGAAUUGAGUUUUUAAAAUCUUGUUUGAAUUGACAAAUCUUCAGGUGGUAGAUAUUUUCAAUUUUUUCAAGAUAUUUAUCAAAAUCAAUGAAUAUUCAAGGUAAAAUCUGGUAAAAUUUUAAGAGAAUACACAGACUUUUAGGGACAUUUUUGCUGUCAGCUUCACUUGUAAUAUGUUUAUUUGCACAAUUGCAUCUUAUCCUUUAUUAUUGCCAUUAAAAACAGAACUCAAAUGAUUUUGCAAUGGUAAUGAAAAAAUGAAAAAAGAUUUAUUACUAAAGCAUCAUUAUUGCAUGACGUGUUGUGCCCACUUGAUUUGAAUUUAACAAAUAAAGUGUAUUUUUUAGCAAUUGACAACCUUUAACCACUUUUAGAAAAUAAUGGAUUAAAAAAAUCAAGAUUUACCAAUAAAAAAAGUCAAAAAGGU